UGGGAUUGAUUACUGUCCCCCGCUCGCCCAUCGCCUUCUCUGCAACGAAGGCCCGCCAUUGCUGUCCCGACCUGAAGAGCAUUCAAUGCUCACAGAAAAACUUGAACGACUCAAUUGACAAACAAAAAAAUGCUAAAAUUGAAGAGCAUUGGUGUCGCCAUCGCCGAAUUCAUGCUCUCUCUCUCUCCAACUUUGCACUCACAUCACAUGGCUGUGAAUCGAUGUAAAGCUACAGUUCAACUGCGACAUGUGGGCAAAAGUUCCUCCCCAUGAAUGCCAAUGUGGACUAUGGAUAAAAAGGAAAGCAGAGGGUUGUAGUUCGUCAAUGUGCGGAUAGAGUCGGGAGGAAAAGAGGAGCGAGCGGCAGCAGGAUGGGGGGAUGGGGGCAGGGGCAGGAAUUCAACUAGCUGCACAUGGGAACAAGGUUAAAGGCAGCCAUUAAUGCAAGGUUUCAACCGUAUGCUGCUUUGCUGCAGCUUACCCACAGCAAUUAAUGAAAUCCAACCAACAAUGCCAGCGGAAAGCUGUCUUUUACUCGCCCCUAAAUUCCUGCUUAAAUUCCACCAGAGUUCACGCCAAUUGCCAUUUUUCUCGCACUAGUAAUUGCUCCCUGCCCGCGGACCGAUGUGGAGCUCGGCGGAGAAUUUGUCGGCGCGGUCGGAGUCGUUCCGGGAGGACGGGGAUGACGAGGAGGCUUUGCGGUGGGCCGCUCUGGAGCGUCUGCCGACGUACCGCCGCGUGCGGCGGGGGAUUUUCACGAACAUGGUGGGGGACUCCAAGGAGGUCGAAGUGCAUAAAUUGCAGGCCGAGGAGCAGCGGAUCGUCUUGGAUCGGCUCAUUAGAUCCGUUGAUGAUGAUUGGGAGAAGUUCUUCACUCGAUUGCGACGUCGUUUUGACAGAGUUGAUCUGGAGUUCCCCAAAGUUGAAGUUCGAUUUCAGAAGUUUACAGUUGAAUCAUUCGUUCAUGUUGGUAGUAGAGCUUUGCCAACAAUUCCAAAUUUUAUCAUCAACAUGACUGAGGCUUUAUUCAGGCAGCUAAGAUUACUUUCUGGUAAGAGAAGAAAGCUGACAAUUUUAGAUGAUAUUAGCGGGAUAAUUCGACCCGGAAGAUUAACUUUAUUAUUAGGUCCUCCAAGCUCCGGAAAGACAACGCUGCUGCUAGCCUUGGCUGGACGUCUUGACUCCAAUCUUCAGAUUUCAGGCAACAUAACCUAUAAUGGACAUGGUCUUAAGGAGUUUGUACCCCAACGAACUUCUGCCUAUGUCAGUCAACAAGAUUGGCAUGUAGCAGAGACAACCGUGAGAGAAACACUAGAUUUUGCAGCACAUUGUCAAGGAGUUGGCUAUAAAUACGAUAUGCUUCUGGAACUCUUAAGGAGAGAGAAGAUUUCUGGAGCCAAGCCUGAUAAAGAUCUUGAUAUAUUCAUGAAGGCAUUGUCCUUGGAGGGGACGGAAACUGGUCUGUUGGUGGAGUAUACUAUGAAGAUUUUAGGAUUGGACCUCUGUGCUGAUACUCUCGUUGGAGAUGAAAUGAUUAAAGGGAUCUCUGGUGGUCAGAAGAAGCGUCUCACAACAGGUGAACUAUUAGUGGGUCCAGCAAGAGUGCUAUUAAUGGAUGAAAUAUCAAAUGGUCUUGAUAGUUCCACCACAAAUCAAAUCAUCAAGUAUCUUAGGCAUUCAACAUGUUCACUUGAUGGAACCGCUGUGAUUUCUCUGCUUCAACCAGCACCUGAUACUUAUGAGUUAUUUGAUGAUAUUAUUCUCUUGUCUGAGGGCAAGAUUGUGUACCAGGGACCUCGAACAGCUGUCCUUGAGUUCUUUGCACAGAUGGGUUUUCAUUGCCCUGAGCGGAAAAAUGUAGCUGACUUCCUUCAAGAAGUUGUGUCCAAGAAAGACCAAGGACAAUAUUGGGCUUUACAUGAACAGCCUUACAGAUAUGUCUCGGCUUUGCGGUUUGCUGAAUCUUUUAAAUCAAGCAACAUCGGCCGGAAUUUAUCUGAGGAACUGAAUGUCCCAUUUGAUAAGAGUUAUAGUCAUCCUGCAGCCCUGUCAUCGUCUAAGUAUGGAGUCAAGAAGAUGGAACUUCUCAAGACUAACUAUAAUUGGCAGUUGCUGCUAAUGAAACGGAAUUUGUUUAUCUACGUCUUUAAAUUCAUACAGCUUCUUUUGGUUGCUCUGAUUACCAUGAGUGUUUUUUGCCGAGCUACGUUGCAUCAUGAUACCAUUGAUGAUGGAGGCCUUUAUUUGGGAAACUUGUAUUUUUCUACGGUGAUUAUUCUCUUUAAUGGAUUCACUGAGGUUUCCAUGGUUGUUACCAAACUUCCUAUUCUAUACAAGCACAGGGACUUGCACUUCUAUCCUUGUUGGGCGUAUACAUUACCUUCAUGGCUUUUGAGCAUUCCAACUUCAUUGAUGGAGUCUGGUUUGUGGGUGGCAGUGACAUACUAUGUGGUUGGAUAUGAUCCAAACAUUACCAGGUUUCUUCGGCAAUUCCUGCUGUUCUUCUUCCUUCACCAAACAUCUCUAUCCCUUUUUCGUCUAAUUGGUUCCUUGGGUCGUAACAUGAUUGUGGCAAAUACUUUUGGAUCCUUUGCCAUGUUGAUUGUCAUGGCUCUCGGAGGAUACAUCAUUUCAAGAGAUAGGAUUCCUAGUUGGUGGAUCUGGGGAUUUUGGAUUUCUCCACUAAUGUAUGCUCAAGAUGCUGCCUCAGUGAAUGAAUUCCUUGGGCAUGCCUGGGACAAGAGCAUUGAGGGCAACUCAACUUUGUCAUUGGGCCAAGCUUUGCUAAAGUCUCGUAGUUUUUUCUCGCAAAGUUACUGGUACUGGAUUGGUGUUGGUGCUAUGGUUGGUUAUACCAUCUUAUUCAAUCUCCUUUUCACUUUCUUCCUAGCAAAGCUGAACCCUUUGAGGAAGCAUCAAGCUAUUGUUUCUAAGGAAGAGCUUGAAGAAAGAGAUAAGAUGAGGAAAGGGGAACCUGUUGUUAUCCAGUUGAGAGACUUUUUACAGCAUUCAGGCUCAUUUGCCAAAAAGAGUUUUAAAUCCAAAGGCAUGGUGCUUCCUUUUCAGCCGCUUUCUAUGUCUUUCAGCAAUGUUUGUUACUACGUGGAUGUGCCUCUGGAACUGAAGCAGCAAGGUAUAGCAGAGGACAAAUUGCAGUUGCUGAACAACAUCACAGGAGCAUUCAGGCCUGGUGUGCUAACUGCAUUAGUUGGAGUAAGUGGUGCUGGAAAAACCACUCUUAUGGAUGUAUUAGCUGGUAGAAAAACCGGAGGACUUAUAGAAGGAGACGUCAAUAUAUCUGGUUACCCUAAAAACCAGGAGACUUUUGCUAGAAUAUCUGGCUACUGUGAGCAGAAUGAUAUCCAUUCUCCCUGUUUAACUGUUCGUGAAUCGCUUCUUUUCUCUGCUUGGCUGCGGUUAUCAUCAGAGAUUGACCUGGAAACCCAACAGGCAUUUGUUGAUGAGGUGAUGGAGCUUGUGGAACUCAUUCCUUUGAAAGGAGCCUUGGUUGGUCUACCGGGAGUUGAUGGCUUAUCAACAGAGCAAAGAAAGCGCCUUACUAUUGCUGUUGAGCUGGUUGCUAAUCCAUCCAUUGUAUUUAUGGAUGAGCCCACAUCAGGACUGGAUGCUCGAGCUGCAGCUAUUGUCAUGCGAACUGUGAGGAAUAUUGUAAACACUGGCAGAACUAUAGUUUGCACAAUUCACCAACCCAGCAUUGACAUCUUUGAAUCCUUUGAUGAGCUUUUGUUUAUGAAGCGGGGAGGAAUGCUCAUAUAUGCCGGUCCUCUUGGUCCUAAGUCUUGUAAACUCAUCGAGUAUUUUGAGGGGAUUGAUGGAGUACCGAAGAUUAGGCCUGGACAUAAUCCUGCAACAUGGAUGCUAGAGGUUACAUCGCAAGCAGCGGAAAGCUGCCUCGGCGUUGAUUUUGCUGAAAUUUACAGAAAAUCUAAACUAUUUCAAUAUAACAAAGAGUUAGUUGAGAGGCUAAGCAAACCAGCCGAUGAUUCAAAAGAUCUUCAUUUUCCAACAAAGUUUUCUCGAUCAUAUUUUGAUCAAUUUGCGGCUUGCCUGUGGAAGCAACACCUAUCAUACUGGCGAAACCCACAAUACACUGCAGUUCGUUUCUUCUACACAGUAAUAAUAUCUCUGAUGCUGGGAACAAUAUGCUGGGAAUUCGGUUCCAAAAGGGAUACGCAGCAAGAUAUUUUCAAUGCUAUGGGUUCCAUGUAUGCAGCUGUGCUAUUCAUCGGAGUUACAAAUGGCGGCGCUGUACAGCCCGUGGUUUCUGUUGAAAGAUUUGUUUCGUAUCGGGAGAGAGCAGCAGGAACAUAUUCUGCUCUGCCUUUUGCAUUUGCUCAGGUCAUCAUAGAGUUUCCCUAUGUGUUGGCACAAGCACUAAUCUACUGCACCAUCUUCUACUCCAUGGCUUCCUUCGAGUGGACUGCUUUGAAAUUUUUAUGGUACAUCUUCUUUAUGUACUUCACAAUGCUCUAUUUCACCUUCUACGGCAUGAUGACCACAGCCGUCACACCCAACCACAAUGUCGCCGCCAUUAUUGCUGCACCUUUCUACAUGCUGUGGAAUCUAUUCAGCGGUUUCAUGAUACCACACAAGAAAAUUCCCAUAUGGUGGAGAUGGUAUUACUGGGCGAACCCCGUGGCAUGGAGCCUCUAUGGUCUCGUUGCAUCUCAGUACUCCGACAGCGACGAGCUCGUGAAACUUUCAGACGGAGUCCACUCAAUGUCGAGGAAAGUGUUGGUUAAGGAUGUCUUUGGUUUCAGACAUGAUUUCGUCGGCCUUGCAGGUGUUAUGGUGGUCGGAUUUGCCGUCUUGUUCGCAGUGAUCUUCGCCUUCUCCAUCAAGUCUUUCAACUUCCAGAGGAGAUAAAUAAUAAAGUAUAAUAGUCUGUGUGUGUGUGUCUCUGUUGGUUAGUUACUACUGCAUAUGGAAGCUGUAAAUUUUGUAUGAAAAAGAUUGAGCUUUGUUUUUGUUGUUGAUAGUCAUAAAAUUUAUAUGUUGAAUUGAUUCUAUUAUUUGUUGUGUUUUUAGUGUUUUUGAUAGAGAUGACAUUUGUUGGUGUAAACUAAAUUGGUACAUUAAUUUGCAUUUUAUAAACAUUUUAUGCAUACAUACAACUUGAUUA